GUUUGCCGUCGAAAGUUUCAAAACCAUCUUCGAUUUCUGUGCGUUUGUUGUGAAUAAGGGAUGAUGCCUCGCGUGACCCGAUCAACACAACACAGUCACUGCGGGGAAGUUGAUCUUUGAGCUUCUGUUCCUCCGCUAAAAUGUCUGUGAUGUUUCGUAAAUCUGCUACCGAGCGAAGCUUGCCUUGUAGAUAGUCUUUUAGUUGUUCGGCUUUCGUACUGUCGUUUCCAGUGUACAGGAACAAAGCAAACUUCAUUUCUCAAAUCGAUUUUUGCGUGAGGAUAUAUAACGAUAUGAAUAAACACGCUUCUUGAAUAGUAUCAAUGCCUGUCCUUCUUUCAAGUUGAAUUAUUCAAGCCGAUUGAAAAAUGCUGGCAUAAAUCUUUCAUAGGAAGAUAAGGUAAGGCUUUUGAUCCUCGGCGGAGAACAGCCGUCCUUUCAGGCCUCAAAUAUUGCAACCAGAUAGACAGAGAAUUCUACAUAUAUUAAAAGCGCUGACCGAAAAUAAUUUGCGACAUCAGUACCUUAAUUAUUUCAAAUGCAGCUCUUUUCUAAAAUAAUUAAAGUGGUGACAACCACCAAUCUUUAAUCGGCCAAUAGCAGAGGUAAUUUUUUUGUCUGUGCAUAAAUUAAGAAACAGGUGCUUUCUUUGCCGCAUAAUUUUGUAGGCUGACAUUGAAACAGAAGCAACCUUUUCACCCACGUAGCAAAUUAAUUGUAGGACAGAACAUCAUUGCAUUGUGCCUCGUUUCUAAAUACGUUCUGAAUGAAUUAAAAUUUCAUAUCCGCCUCAGUUUGGGAACGAGGCUCAUUUUCGCCUUGCUGUUGUUGUCCCUAGUCCUCCACUUCCCACUGAAGGAACGCCUAUCAAUAUUCGCACUGGAGUGUCGCUGGUUCAUCGAUGAUGGUUGUACGGUCGAGAUUCGUCGGGUGUUUUACACUUUAGAUCGUGAUGAAUCGUGAUAUGCAGAGUUGAAUAACUGAUUAUUAUCCCGUUCGUGGCAUAAAUAUGGAGACGAGGGAAAUCGUCUUGUUAAGUAAUUCGCGUUGAUGCCAUGUAUACGAUUUGAGCGCGCCCUUCUGGAAACCUAAACGGCCGGCUAAAAGGUGCUUUCAAUACAUAUAAUUACAUCUUCAAGCCAGGAUUAAAAGAUUAAGGCAUGAAAAGAGAAGAACAGGAGUUGCUCGAGCGAGCUGAAGGAAAUGAAAGUCGGGAGGAAAAGCCAGAAAUUGAAGUUAAUCAACAAGAUGACGGCCUGGAAGAUGAAUUUGACCGAAAUUUCUGGAUCAAGGUUCGACAAAAGUAUAGAGAAGGAAUGCCAUGGAACAGAGCAAUGGAUGAAGUGCGAGUUGAAAGGCUGAUCCAAAAAUACAAAGACAAUGGUGAGCUAGUCAGUGAAGACCCUGCUCUUGUGAUGUUAAAAAAGUGGCCAGCAUCAAAACAGUAUCAAGAUAAUUUAGAUCGCCUUCCAGGCCUUGAGCGACUGAUUAAUAGAUUUUUGGAGAUCCUAUUAAAGAGUGAACUCAAUGCAGACAAUAGAUAUGAGACGUUCAGAGAUGAUGAAGAUAAGACAAAGAAGACAUUGAUGCACUAUGUAGCUGAGCUUGACUUUCUACACGUCACUAAAACACUUGUGAAAAAAUGUCCAGGCUUGUUGGCUCUGAAAACAAAAGCCCAGCUUAAACCUGAGAAGAAGCGAGGUUUAUUACCAGUUGAGUUAGCGUUGACAAAGGAGAAUGACGAUGUGGCAGCAUAUUUGAUAAGGAUGAUGUGGCAUGAAAGAGUCCAGAGUUUAUUUUCAUGGAGGCCUGGUGAUAUGUCAAAUCCUCAGCCAUCUUUCUUUAGCUUCAAGUUGAUAAUUGAGAAUUCUAAAAUGAAGAAAUCAGUUGUUGCCAUAUUAGACCAGAUGGUGAACCCACACUGGCCACACCUACCAAGGCGCAAAGAAGACUAUGACAAUCAAGAAGAAGAGGAGGGAAUUGAAGGUGCAUGGAGCACCAUCACUGACGAUCCAUUUGACUAUCACUUUUACUACCACAUCCUGGAUGGUGAUGAGUCAGGCCGACCUCCUAAAGUUAUGGCCUCAAAGGGAAACAAGCUGACAGAUAAUGAAUAUUUUAACCGGCGUGACAAGUCUUGUUUACAUCUUAUUGCGAAAAGCGAUAACAAGGAAGCCUUGCAACAUCCAGUUGUUAGAAUGCUGAUAAAAACAAAAUGGCAGAGCUAUGGACACUGGUUUCUAAGCCUUCAAGCCGGAUUUUAUGUGAUUUUCUUGCUCCUCUUGUUAUAUUCUCUAAUGUACGGCUCAACAAGACUGGACCCCACACUUUACAAGGGUGCUGCUGACUCACUGCGUGGCUUCUGUGAAAUUUUAACCCUUGUUAUGGCCCUCCUUUACAUUUGCGAAGAAAUCAAUCAAAUAAGAAGAGAAAGGCACUUGUACUUCAAAGAGUGGAUGAACCUGUUUGACUGUUUAGGCCUGCUUCUAAUCUUCUGCAUAAUUCCAUUACGAUACUCUGAUAGCAAGGCGCAGUGGAUGGUGGCAUCGUUAGCUUUCCUCUUCAACUGCUUGAGGAUAUUUAAGUUUUCUUGCGUGACAAGGACCACGGGAUUAUACACAAAAACCUUGGCGAAGAUUAUUAGACAAGACGUGUCAAGAUUCAUGGUAGUUUUUGCUGUGGUUUUUCUCUCCUUUUGUGGUUCGUUGUUCUUGUCUCUUCGUUUUUCCAAGCAAAGCCAACAAUUUAGGUGCGUGUUAUUAAUGCGCUUAUGA